AUGCAUCGUUCGAAGCCCCUCAGGCUCGCUUUUCAAUUACAUAUAAGGGAUUAUAGUAAAGCUUCUUGGGCAAUAUUGCAACUGCUUCUUCUGACUUUCAGAGUUAACCCUGAUUGUCUUCAGAUGCUCCCCGCAUCCUCUGAACUGGCUCGCCAAAGUAACUGGCCUCCGUUGACCAGACUUCUGGAAGUUUUCCAAAAAUGUCGUACAGCUCAAGAGUGCAAUGACCCUUCUUUUUCAAGAUUCGAUUGGUAGUUAAGGGCUUUGCAGUGGAAUCAUCUUGAGGAGAGGUUGUAGCCAAAAGAGUAGCAUCUUGAUUUCUUACGUUAAUCAUUGGACACAGAUUCGAGCUUUGUGUAGAGUCCAGAGAAUAAAGAAAUACCAACCUACAUCCCAAGACUAAACUAACUUGUUUCUUGACACCCCACACCAGAUUCUUCAUCAUUUCC